GUCACGCGCUCUGACCCUCUUGCUCAUGGAAGCGCGCGAGAGCCAGCCGGAGCCGCCCGUUCACUUCAUCGCAUAAAACCACGUUUGGAGAGAAUGUCACCCCGCGAUUCUGUUUCAAAUGGAUAUAUCCGUCGCCGCGAAUAAUUUGCGAUUCGGAGGUGUUGCGGGGGAAUGCCUACUCCAAGGCAAAGCCCUGUGGAGGAAGGGGAGGUGCUGAGCGGUAACGGAAGAUCCAACAACAACAUGGCGACUGAUGCUGCCACCACCACCAAUCUGCUGGCCUCCGUUAAAGAGCAGGAGCUCCAGUUCGAACGGCUCACAAGAGAACUUGAGGAAGAGAGACAAAUCGUGGCCAAUCAGCUGGAGCGAUGCAGGUUGGGGGCGGAGUCUCCAGGUGAUGCGAGUGACAGCUCUUCUGAGAAGUCUCUACUGUGGAGAUCAGCAGAAUCCUCAGGCGCGGGCAUUUCCAAGCCAUCGGAUGGUUGUCCUUCGCCUACAUUUGGGGUCAGAGGUCAGGGAUCACUUUACUCCCCUGAAUUGGAGCAGAUCUCCCUGCGUGAAAGGUCUGCGGCUAAUUCGCGCAGCUCCACUCAGAUGAACUCAUAUCCAGAUAGUGGAUACCAGGAGGUCAGUGGUUACUAUAGCAACACUGUGACGCCCAGGCGCUCUGAAGGGAGAUCGCAGUCGACUAGCUCUGCCCCUAGUGGAAGCCCCCCCCUUGCCAUGAGCUCUAGGGCUGAAGGACAGGCCUCAACACAGGUGGGAGGCAGCGGGCGUGUCAUGAGGCGCGUCAGUUCUGUUCCCUCUCGUGCUCCCUCCCCACUCUACACUCCGUCCCCACCUGCGUCCCGUCAACCCCUGCGGACAUCUCUGGGAAGCCCUUAUGGCUCGCCCAUAGUCUCAGAGCCCCGCCCUCUGCCUAGCAUAUUUCCCGGCACCACCUUGCCUCUCUCCUCAAGUCAUGCCCCAGACCCAGUUCAUUCUACCUACUUGGGGCGACUUGGAAACGGGGUGGGGUCGGAGUCAGGGUCGCCGCCAACACUCUUGCGGUCCGGUAUGACCGCCCAGCCUCAGCAGUACGGAACACUAGGGAAACAUGAUACGCGUGCAUACGACAACAAUCACUCUUCAUUUGGAUCACGAGCCUAUGACAUCUUUGAACGGAUGGUUCUUUCGAGACCAGACAGUCUUACAGGCCUGCAAACCUCUUACAGUCAAAACAGCCAGUUAGGACAGGACGCCCGCUCCCCUGACUGCCACAUCACGCCCAUCUAUGAGGACAGAACCUUCCAGAACCCUCUGUACCAGAGUCCCACUCAUGGCUCCCAAAGCGCUGCUUCCAAAAACAAUGCAGGGUUCGGUACUUUACAAAGGACAACAAGUCAGUGUAGCACUUUGAGGUACCAGCGAGGGUUAUUCUCCAUGGCAGCCCACUCUGACACAUAUCACCCCGCCCACUACCGCACGGCCGACGCAAACUACACCAGACACGCGGCUGCCGUCGACAAUGCUAUCACAAGAUCUCCUUCUAUAGACAGCGUGCACAAAGAUCCCAGGGAGUUUGCCUGGAGAGACCCUGAGCUGCCAGAGGUGAUUCGGAUGCUGCAACAUCAUUUCCCUUCUGUCCAAGCCAAUGCUGCAGCAUAUAUACAACACCUCUGCUACGGAGACAACCGCAUAAAGGCAGAGGUAUGUCGGCUAGGAGGUAUCCGUCACCUAGUUGAUCUGCUUGACCACAAAACCCUUGAAGUUCAGCGGAACGCAUGCGGAGCUCUGCGGAACCUUGUGUUCGGAAAAGCCACGGAUGACAACAAAGUCUGUGUAAGGAACGCCGGUGGAAUCCCGGCCCUGGUUCGUCUUCUUAGGAAGACACCAGACACAGAAGUGCGAGAGCUUGUCACUGGCGUAUUGUGGAACCUGUCUUCGUGCGAUUCCGUGAAGAUGACGAUUGCUCGGGACGCUCUUGGUCCUCUCACCAACACUGUUAUAAUCCCUCACUCUGGGUGGGGUGCGGCCCCCCAGCGGGAGGACCAGAAGCUCAAGCUGCACUCGUCUCUGGUGCUGAGAAACACCACCGGAUGCUUCAGGAACCUGAGCUCAGCUGGAGAGGAGGCAAGAAGGCAGAUGCGUUGCUGUGAAGGGCUGAUCGAUUCUCUCCUCUAUAUCAUUAAAACUUGCGUGAACACCUCCGAUUAUGACAGCAAGAUUGUGGAAAACUGCGUGUGCACUUUGAGGAACCUGUCAUACCGCCUUGAGCUGGAGAUGCCUCCUUCCCGGUUGAUGGGUACCCAAGACCUGGACACACUCCUGGGCCCCGACUCGUCCAGUAAGCAGGUGGAUUACAGCUGCUGGGGCCUCAGAAAGAAAAAGAAGAAGAGGUCCUGGCAGGAUCAGCAGUGGGAUGGUGUCGGGCCCAUUCCAGGAUUUUCUGGAAGUCCAAAGGGGGCUGAGAUGCUGUGGCAUCCGUCUGUGGUUAAGCCGUACCUCACUCUGCUGGCAGAGAGCUCCAACCCGGCCACGCUGGAAGGGGCGGCUGGAUCUCUGCAGAAUCUUUCCGCUGGAUCCUGGAGGUUUGCAGCCUACAUCCGUGCUGCUGUACGUAAAGAGAAGGGUUUACCCAUUUUGGUGGAAUUACUGAGGAUGGAUAAUGACAGGGUGGUUUGCUCUGUGGCCACUGCCCUAAGGAACAUGGCACUGGACGCCAGAAACAAAGAGCUCAUCGGAAAGUAUGCCAUGCGGGACCUGGUGACCCGUCUCCCUGACAACGGACCCUCCCUCUUGUCAGAUGAGACCGUGGCAGCGGUUUGCUGUGCACUCCAUGAGGUCACCAGCAGGAACAUGGAGAACGCUCGGGCGCUCGCCCAGACCGGUGGCAUCGACAAGCUGGUCACGAUUAGCAAAGGGCGUGGAGAGAGAUAUUCCAUGAAAGUGGUCAAGGCAGCAGCUCAGGUGCUCAACACACUGUGGCAGUACAGAGAUCUGCGCACCUUCUAUAAAAAGGAUGGAUGGAACCAGAAUCACUUCAUCACUCCAGUGUCGACGCUGGAACGAGACCGCUAUCGUUCCCAACCCACCCUGCCGACCAGCAACGUUCAGAUGUCACCUGUUAUCCAAUCAGGAGGUAGUGCCACCUCUUCUCCUGCCAUGUUGGGUAUCAGAGGGCACCGUUUAAAUCAGCGAAGGACUCAGUCAUCUAUGCAACUUCAUAAUUAUUAUGGAGACGCCAACCGAAACACAACUCCAUAUACAGGGUCUGGAAAGCAGUCGGCCUAUUUCAUUAGCUCGUAUCCCUCUCCUUCAGCAGAGGAGUCCCACAGGUCACAGCAUGGCCAGCUCUAUUACCCAGAAGAGACCAAUCAAAGCACCUACGACGCUUACGGAAUGUACCUGUCGUCUCCGAUGGGCUACGAGGACGCUUACCUGGACGAGCCUGUUCGAUAUCCCGUGGUGAGCGAGAGGCAGGUGCUCAAACCCAAUACCAACUACGUUGACUUCUACUCCAGCACACGCAGGCCUUCAUACAGAACUCAACCCUACCCAGCCUCACCUGACUCAUGGGUGUAGGCGUGUUUGUGUGUCUGUGUAUUUGUUCAUGUAAUGUGUAGCCAUAGAUAGACUAUUGCAAGGAGGUGUCACUCCGUAAGACAUAUCUGGUCUGUGGAUUCCAGGAGUAUUCCUAGACGGUUGUAUGUACAAGCUUUUGAAGCAUUUGAAGUGACUGGUUCAUUUUCAUCGGAGAAAUUUCAUGUGUUUUGGGUGUGAGCACAACUGGAUAGAAUUUCAGUUUACAUGCGUGCGUGUGUCUACGUGUGGAAGAGUUGUGUGCAUGACGGAUGACAGAUUCAGUGCACCAUGAACUUGAAUUUGUUUGAUCUGGGAUUGAAUGUGAGCUAAAGAUUUUACCUAUCAUUCGCUCUUGUGCGUGCUCAAGGUUUAAUUUAAUGAGAGGUUGAACCAUCUUUUUAAGUUUUUAUUCUUCAACGGCAUGUUUGAAAUGAAAAGUCAUCUCAGUUCUUGAGCCAAAUAAACAGAUGUAACGAAAUUACGUAUUGGCUGAAAAGUCUAAAAAGAUAUAAUAGUUGUGUAAAAAUAUUAAGAAACUAAAACUAAUGUUCUGUGCAUUGGAUAACAAACCGUCCUUUUGUCUGGUCUCAUUACUGUAGCCAACUUAAUGUAAAGAUUAAUGUAUGUUCCAUGGAGUCUUGUACAACUACGUCCGUUUAUUGUACAAACGUGAUCUGUGCUCCUACGCACAACAAACUGUGCCAUGAUAAAUUGCUAUGUAGAACUGUCUGUAUAUGUCAGAGACCUUAUGGAGAUUAAAGUUAUUACUAUUACAGUAUUUAGAUGUAAUAAAGAUAACAUUUGUUUUUGUAA